AAAGGCACAUACCACCUACUACUACUACUACUACUAAUGGAACCCAGGCAGUAGCGAAAAUGAGUGCUAUUCGUUCUCUAAUCCUGAAAUCUAAUAUUUUACGGCUUAGUCUUGAGGCAAAUGCAAGGAAUACCAAUGUGGGACUAUUUCAAAAUGUAUUCCUGAGAUCAUACAGUAUGUAUUCUCCUCGGUUUAUUGAACCUACAUUCAGAUUAGAGGAUCAGGAAAAACUAAAAGAAAGUGGGGAAUUUGCUGAACGACAGUUCACUCCAGUAAAAGCUGCACUAACAAACCAGACCAGUUCAAUCUUUUAUGACCCAAUUGUUAGGAAAUUUACAAACUAUGUGAUGAUAACAGGACAACGCACACUGGUAAGAGAUCUAGUUAAUGAGACAUUUGAACGUAUCAAACAUGCCCAACUCAAGAAGAAGCAUCAAGCUGAAACAGAAGAGGAGAAAGCAAAAAUUGAAACAAAUCCUGUUGUAAUAUUUCAUAAAGCUGUAGAAAAUUGCAGACCUGUUCUUCAGUUAACUCCUAUUAAGCGUGGUGGUAUAAAGUAUCAGGUAAGGAACUGGUAUAUAUAUGAUAUAUGACUAAUUUUAAUCUGU